UGAAAACGUGCUCUUUUGCCAAUAGAGAAGUGAGAGGAAUAUCUUUGGAAAGUGGCGUAAUUAAUUAAGUACUUUGAUGGAAAGGAUAUAAUUUUUUUUUCCAAGGACCAUUAGUGGAUUCCCUCGAUUCAUGUGGCUGCUAUAAAGGGGACGCUUCUUGAUUAUCGACCCCCUUGGCAAGUUUCCUGAGCGACUAUUCUUUUGAAAAGGAAGUUGAUGUAGCGAAGGAAAGUGGUACGGUUUAUUCGUUUCCAAGACGAACCGCGCAUCAAAGGCACCGGUGGUAGGUAUUCAACAUGUCUGAGGCAGGAAAUAUCACAGGUGCUCCCCCUACUGGCAUAAAUCCUACGCCGAAUAGCAUCGUUGCAGCUGUUUUCGUCGGUAUAUUGAUCUUGGUGACUCUAUUUGGAAAUGUUCUCGUCUGUAUCAGUUUCUACACUUUUCCCAACCUCAGGACGAUCUGUAACUAUUUUAUUGUUAGUUUAAGUGUGGCAGAUAUUUUGGUUGCUCUGCUUGCUAUGCCGUUUUGGCUCAUUGUUCAGCUUAACAAUACACUGUGGCCAUGGCCUCGGUUACAAGAGGGGUUGUAUUCCUUCUGGAGCUUCAUCGAUAUUUUCUGUGGUACAGCCUCCAUUAUGAAUCUUACAGCGGUCAGUAUCGAUCGAAUGUUGGCAAUCGUGACACCUUUUAAGUAUCCAAAGAUAUUAACUACGAAGAGGGUCUUAAUUAUCCUCGCACUGGUUUGGUUGUACUCAACGACCAUCGCAUGUCUACGACUGGCCAAUUGGCAAAGCUACGGCCUUUUUGCGGCCUUUGCAAGUUUCUUUCUUCCCUUGUCACUUGUAAUCGUGAUGUACACUGUCAUCUUUAUUGUUGUCAAAAUCCAAGUGCACAGAAUCGGAUCAGCUGGAGGGAAGGAACACGCUAACGAGAUGAAGGCAGCAAAGACCAUCUUAGUUGUCAUUGGCGCUUUCGUCGUUUGCUGGCUUCCAUUUUUCGUUAUUGUGGUAGGCCAUGCAACAGACAAAAACUUUACUCACCCCAUGGAAGUUUACAACAUGUUCAAGUGGAUGGAAUACUUAAAUUCGUGUUUGAACCCUGUGAUAUACACUUGUAUGAACCGCACAUACAGGCGAGCAUUCAAGCGACUCUUUAAUCGGGUUUAUCUUGAGCAAACUGUAGGGAACAGCCGACGGGGUUCCUCUGUCAGUAUGUACCUCACUAGACGAGGAUCUGCGAUCAGUGGCUACAUGAGCCAACGUAAGCAUCGUGGACCUAUCACCCAUACUGCUGUACCCAACAUGGAGGCGAUCGAAAGUGAAAGUUAAUGGCAUAAUUUUUUCUUGGUCUCCUGGUCUUAACGGUGGAAAGAUGAACUACGUGUAAAUAUUUCCGAAAAAAAUUCAGCAGUAGCGCUUGUCAUGAAAAAAAUUUCCUGCGUUAAAUUUAGCCAUAGUUAACUUCUUCUGUAAACAAACCUCUUCAAAUAUUAACUACCAAAUGGAGUCGCGACAUUUGAGAGAAAUGAGCUUUAUUCGACGAAAGUGAAAAAUAAUUCAGUGGGAAAUUGCAUAAUGACCACCACAUUCACAAAUUUGUAUGCGGUGCAGACUCCAAAAGGCUUUAGUUGUAAGCAGAAGACCACGAACAAUGCUAAACGCGCGAACAAUUGGACUUUGUUUACGAAUACGAAAGAAAAGAAAAGAGUUACUGCUCUGGCUACCAUAAGGAAUGUGACAACUAGAGUAUCCAAAAUUUAAGAUGGAAUCUACGAUAUAAUGUGACAGUAGAAGGAUAGGAUAGAAGUCUUGUGGGUAAAUUAGAACAUAGUUGUUGACCAUAGUCGCAGAAUUCUCUUAAAUUAAUUUUUUAGAAAUGUGAGGUUAUUACACCUCCUCCUACUCCUCCCAUCCACAAUCACAGAUUUUCCGUGUAAAAGCGAGCUAAACUUGGGUUGGCCGAUCCUUUUUAGAAGCCGAAAAUAAGAACAGUUUUCAUUUUAAAUCAAAUCAAUGGUGUACUGUUGAGCAAUUCGACGGGAAGUUGUUUAACAACAAAUUAAUCGGCCUGAUCAUUAAUUAAUUUUGCCUUAAGGCUUAUCAAGUACUUGUCACCUUAUUGUUUUACAUGAAUAAACAGAUUAUC